AUGGGCCAGGCUGGCAGCGUUAAGGAAACGUUUCACGGGUGGAUUUGUGGCAGUGGCAUCGAAGACGGGUCCGGCGUUGGUCGCCGUUUACCGGCUGCAUCUGCAAGCCGCUCACGGCCGAUGGAGAGGGCAAGCCUUCGUGCGACCUUCCGGCUGCGAUGCGCUGAGCGCAUCGCACCCAGCGAGCUUAGCAAGGACUGCCCCGUAAAACUGGUGGUCUUCGACUUUGAUGAGACCCUGACCCUGGCGACCUUCAUGACCGGCAACUGUGAGUACGCAGAUGAUGAGGAGAAGGACAUCGCCAGAGUGAUAAACUUUGAGACCCCCUGGGUCGAGGGCUCCCGGAUUGUCAAGCUUCAAAAAAUGCUGGGGGCGAUCAAGGAAGGCACGGAUGGACGGCGUCGAUUUCUGACGGUCCUCACGAACAACGGGAAGGGCGUGCAGGCAGUGAUCAACAUGCUCAAGAUUGCUGGUCUGGAUUCGUAUUUCAGUGCUGUCUGGACCAUGCCUUGGCGGCAGUACAUGCCGAAUGGGGCCUACAAGGACCAGAAGGGCCAGUGGAAUCUUUUUGAUCCCCCGUCAGACAAGGUGCGGAAUCACAAGGCGGAUGUCCUCCUCCAUGUGACGAAGUAUCCAGAUGCGUGGUUCCCACAGAUCGGCCAGGACAGUAGCUUCUCCGCCAUUGAGAGUCUGCACAUGGGAAACAUUGUGCUGGUGGACGACCAGCGGGCCAACUUUCAGAGCCAGUUUGGUGCCAGCAUCCUGCGUUAUUGCAAGGUGGCACGAUAUGAUGCAGACCUCUACUACGACAUGCGCAUGGUCAAGAACAUGGGGGGCAUCGGAGCCCACCAUGACGCGGACUAUGACACGCUGAAACGAUUUGUGGAGGACCCCUGGAUGUGCAAGGAGACCCUCCAAAUUCGUUGCCAAGAGCGGGACUUCCGGGGCUGGGAGAGUCAGCCGCCAGUGAAGCUUGUCGUGUUUGACUUCGACGAGACGCUGACGCUGGCCACCUUCAUGCCCCAAAGCAAGGCCAUUGCCACCAAGGUCGGCUGGACUCCAGCAGAAGCGGCUUUCAAGGACUGGAGUCAAGAAGAUCUUGUGAAGUACAACUUCGAGUCCCCAUGGGUGGAGGGAAGCAGAGUACAGAAGCUCAAGUCUAUGCUCGAAGACAUUGAGAAGGAACAGCGGGUCCUUGCCAUCCUAACCCAAAAUGCGAGUGGUGUGGUUGCUGUUCUGAACCUGCUGAAGUUAGCCAAUUUGGCCGAGCAUUUCAGUGCGAUUUGGUCCAUGUCGCCAGCCCAGUCUGGCGAGUGUGAUGGUGCCUUUUGGGAGAGCGGCCGGUGGCAUCUCUUCCAGACGCCCGGCUCGCAACUGCAUAGGCACAAGGCAGAUGUGCUGACGCAUGUUGCGGAGCACCCCUUGCGAUGGUUCCCGCAGAUGGGAGGAGGUGACAGUCCUGUGGCUCGAGCCUUGAGUAAUCUCAGGCUUGAGAAUGUUGUCCUGGUGGAUGACGAGCGGGCGAACUUCCGCAGCGAGGCCAGCCUGGCUGCCGCCAUGGUGCUGCGGUACUGCAAAGUAGCUCGUUACGACGAGACGUACCGCGACUGUGGUCUGCUGGAUCAAAUGGGUGGCAUAGGGGCGCAUAGUGAUGGCGACUAUGACGAGCUCCGGACCUUUCUCCGACAGCCAUGGGACUAUCCGUAUCCGACACGUGCAGAGAUGUCCCCCAUGAAGAAGAAUGCCUCCAGUGGCAUCAGCUUCUCCCAGGAUGGGCAAGCAGAAAGUGGCAAGGCGAAGAUCGAGUUGGUGCGGUGCAAUGAGGAUGAGCCCGAGGCCACACAGAAGGCACCACGCCACAGGAUCGGCUUUUGA